UAAUGCCAUUUACAUUUAAAAUUGUCUUUGAUUUUCAAGAGAUAAGGAACACAAAAAUCUUCAAGGAUUGAUUCCUGAUUUUUUGAUUCUCUUAAAUUUGGGUUGGCAAAAAACAUGAGAUUGAUUCACUUUCUAAUUUGAUUCAUCUUCUUUAACUAAAAUCAUGGCAAAAGAAAGAAAAUUAUCAGAGGUGGACUUAUUCUGUAGGUUUACUGUUCACUUUCUCUUUGAAGAACAAAGUUGUAGAUCUAGUUUUUAUUUUUUUUCUGGGAAUAAUUUUUUUUCUUGGGCUGGGAAAAUUUCAGGGAGAUCUUCUUCGUCUCUUUACUUUCGUUUCUCUCUCCUACUUUUUUUUUUCUUCACUAGGCAUCUUGCGAACUACACAAGUUUUUGCUAGUUUACUACUACUAUUUUGAUUUUGUUACAUUUUUUUUUUCUUUUGACAUUUUGAUCGAAAGCUCUUUUUUUUUCCUUCUCCAGAUUAACGCUCUCCUCCAUUUUCUUUUUCAUUUUUGUAACAAAUUUUUAAUGUUGCUAUAUCGACGCAAACUAUUUUCUGGUAAUUUCUCUUGAUGUUCUUCGUCAAGUUCUGAGAAAAAUUUCUCGGUUGUUUGUGGUUUUUGAUUCUUAGAAUCGUUGAAGCAUUGUAAUGGCGACGAGAGAGCAAACAAGUCAGAGAGAGGUCUGUUUCUUUUUGAUUCUGUGGAACAGGUGGGCUUUGAUUGAUUUAUUUGACUCUCUCUCUCUCUCUCUCGUUGAUUCAGAACACAAUCGUCGCCAACGUGCUUGCUUAAGGUCAAGGAGAUCAUCAUUGAAGGUAGAGAGCAUAAACAACUAAUUCCAUAAACGACACCAUUCUAUGAUCCAACUUCCACGAUGCAGAAGAAGAAGAACACCUCCAGGGACCUGCGACGAAGUGGAGUUUAUAAUGAUGCUGGUUGUUCCUGUUCUCGUCCAAGAAAUCGAAAAGCAAUAUGAGAAGCUUGACAAGCAUCUCAAGAAGCUUCAAGGGGCACACGAAGAGACGAAAGGCGUCACUAAGGCUCCUACUAUGAAAUCAAUCAAACAGAGGAUGGAGAGAGAUGUUGAUGAUGUGGGAAGAAUUUCUCGUUUCAUUAAAGGAAAGAUCGAAGAACUGGAUCAAGAGAAUCUGGAGAACCGUACUAAACCGGGUUGUGGGAAAGGAACAGGUAUAGACAGAACAAGAACAGCCACAACUAUUGCGGUGAAGAAGAAAUUUAAGGAAAAUAUAUCUAUAUUCCAAACUCUUAGACAGAACAUUCAACAAGAAUACAGAGAAGUUGUAGAGAGGCGUGUGUUCACAGUGACUGGCCAACGAGCUGAUGAAGAGAUAGUUGAUAGAUUGAUCGAAACUGGAGACAGUGAGCAGAUAUUCCAGAAAACGAUCAGGGAGCAAGGACGAGGACAAAUAAUGGAUACGCUGGCCGAGAUUCAGGAACGUUAUCUCUGUUCUAAAACCAUGGACAUCCUUAUUCUUCUUAUCAUCAUUAUCAUUACUGUUAUCUCUGUUCUCAAACCAUGGACACAGAAAAAUGGUGGUGCCUAAGGUUCUCUUCUCUCUCCCUGCUUCAGGAGCUUCUGUAUACAACAAUAUAUAUAUGCAUAUGUGUAUUCAUCAUAUCUCAUACUAUUGACCUUCCACUAUCACUACGGAAAUGAUGUAUUCUUUUGACCGGAUUAAUGAAUUAACUAUUUUCAGUGAACA